UCCGGCUCUAAAACCCUAAACCCCAAAAAGUUCUGUCCGUUGUAAUUCAAAUGCGAGCUUCAAUUCACGCCUCUUCGGGUCGGCCGAGAUUGUUCAGACUCUAAUCGCAUGUAUGUUGAGAUUGGUUCCGACCUGCGAAGGUGGAAGCUUUGCUGGAAUCUUCCGGUCGAUUGGAGCAAUUUACCGAGAAUUUUCGACACUUGGAAAUGCUUUGGAAGUUCGUUCGACUAAUCGAGAUGAACACGAGAGUAAACAGAUCGAUUUUGACAUCCUAUUUGGAUCGUGCACUAAUUUGCAGUUUGCCAAGCGCCUUCAUGCGCGUUUGGUUGUAUCCAGUAGAAUACGAGAUGUCUUCAUCUCUGUUAAACUCGUUAACCUUUAUGCAUACCUCGGAGAUGUUGCAUUGGCUCGGGGCACGUUUGAUCGUAUCCACAACAAAGAUGUUUAUGCUUGGAAUUCGAUGAUUUCUGCUUAUGGCCGUGUUGGAUAUUCCACAGAAGCUAUCAGGUGCUUUAGCCUGUUUAUGUCGAAAUCGGGUCUUUGGCCUGAUUUCUACACUCUCCCUCCGGUCUUAAAAGCUUGUAGGGAUCUGCUCGAUGGAAUGAAGCUUCACUGUUUGGCACUGAAGUUUGGGUUUGAGUGGGACGUCUAUGUUGCUGCAUCUUUGGUUCAUAUGUACUCAAGGUUCGGGCUUGUGCUCGAUGCACGUAAGCUAUUUGACGACAUGCCUAUUCGGGAUAUGGGUUCGUGGAAUGCAAUGAUUUCCGGGUAUUCUCAAACCGGAAAUGCGAAAGAGGCGUUGCAUCUUGCAGAUGAGAUGAGAGCCAAAGGGGUAAAUCAAGAUCCAAGAACCAUUGCGAGUCUCCUUUCGGCGUGCGCAGAGGCAGAGGAUCUUAAUAGAGGAAAAUCGAUUCAUCUAUACUCUGUAAAACACGGGCUGGAUUCCGAGCUGUUUGUUGCUAAUGCAUUGAUCAACAUGUACUCGAUCUUCGGUAAUUUAGGUGACUGCCAGAAGAUGUUUGAUGAGAUGAUGAUCAUCAGGGAUGUUGUUUCGUGGAAUUCGAUAAUUAAAGCUUACGAGCAGAAUAAGAAGCCCCUUACAGCGGUUUGGUUGUUCAAGGAGAUGGGAAAGAACGGUAUUCAAUACGAUCGUCUGACAUUGAUUAGCUUGGCUUCUGCCCUUGCUCAAUUGGGUGACAGCCUUGUUAGUAGAUCUGCCCAUGCUUUCACACUGAAGAAAGGAUGGUUCUUCGAAGAUGUUACCGUCGGUAAUGCGGUUGUGGAUAUGUAUGCGAAAUUAGGCCUCGCGGAUUCUGCAAGAACGGUGUUUGAUUGGCUCCCGGCUAAAGAUGUGAUUUCGUGGAAUACAAUUAUAUCUGGCUAUGCGCAAAACGGUCUGGCUACUGAAGCGAUCCAAUUGUUCAACCUGAUGGAGGAAAUCGGAGAAAUAACCCCGAACCAAGGGACUUGGGUGAGCAUUCUACCUGCUUAUUCCCACCAGGGAGCGUUGCAUCAAGGCAUGAAAACCCAUGCCCGUGUCUUGAAGAACCGCCUCUAUCUGGAUGUUUUUGUUGGGACCUCUCUUGUCGACAUGUAUGGAAAAUGUGGGCAGCUAGACGACGCGCUCUCCUUGUUCUAUGAGAUCCCUAGAUUCAGCUCGGUGCCAUGGAACGCCAUAAUAUCGUGCCUCGGGGGCCAUGGACAUGGCCGGAAAGCAAUGAUGCUGUUCAGAGAAAUGCUCGACGAGGGAGUGAGCCCUGAUCACUUAACGUUCAUAUCUCUACUCUCGGCCUGUAGCCAUUCAGGUCUGAUCGAGGAGGGUCAAUGGUGCUUCGACGUCAUGCAAGAAGAUUACGGCAUAACCCCGAGCUUGAAGCACUACGGUUGCAUGGUCGAUCUAUACGGCCGGGCUGGUCAUAUAGAAACCGCGUAUAGCUUGAUAAAAGGUAUGCCGCUCCGACCCGACUCCUCCAUCUGGGGCGCCCUUCUCGGUGCCUGUAGAAUCCAUGGCAAUGUCGAUCUGGGCAAGAUUGCUUCGGAACAUCUGUUCGAGGUCGAUCCCGAGAAUGUCGGGUAUUACGUGUUAUUGUCGAACGUGUACGCAAGUGCCGGAAAAUGGGAAGGAGUGGAUAAAGUCCGAGCCUUUGCCAGAGACAGAGGGCUGAGGAAGACGCCAGGUUGGAGUUCGAUGGAACUGGGCAACAAAGUCGAAGUCUUUUACACGGGAAACCAGACACAUCCCAAGUGGAAAGAGAUCUAUGACGAACUAACUGAACUGAACUCGAAAAUGAAGAUGCUUGGUUAUGUCCCAGACUACAGUUUCGUACUGCAGGACGUGGAAGAUGACGAGAAAGAACAAAUCUUGAUGGGUCAUAGCGAAAGAUUGGCGAUUGCGUUUGGGAUUAUAAGCACUGGGAAGGGGACUGUGAUUAGGAUAUUCAAGAACCUUCGUGUGUGUGGAGAUUGCCACACGGUGACCAAAUUCAUAUCGAGAAUCACUGGGAGAGAGAUCGUGGUUAGGGAUUCGAACCGGUUUCAUCAUUUCAAGGAUGGAAUCUGUUCUUGCGGCGAUUACUGGUGAGUGAACGUUUUGUACAAAUAUUGAUUGAUGGAAUCUUGUUUGAAAUGAGUGAUUCCAUUUGAUGUACCAAUAAAUAUUUUUAUUUUUUUUAAAUGUGGUUUUGAAUAUUUUUGUUACAAAAAGACUCCUCA